GUGCAAAAAUACAGCUUCCCUCCUAAUAACACUCCUGUAUCUAAAGUGUACGUCUUUGGAAGACCCGUUUAUGUACGGCAACCUUUUGUCAUACCGCAGAGACAAGAUUAUCGGCCGAGGCUUGACAGUCAGGUGUUCCGAGACGAGAAGUCAUUCCAUGGCAGCGCAGACAGCUUAUCAGGUGCAGUCGAACGAACUGUAGUUCAGGAAGCAUUGGUGAAACAAGUGCGUAAAACUACAAAAAAAAAAUCAAGAUGA